AGACUCACAAGUGAAACAUAAACAAACCCGGCAAGGAAGCGUGGUGCCAGUGCUAGUGCCAUCCCAGACUGAGAGAAGGACUAUUGAACCAUUCAUCAGGCACAGUCCACACACACACACACACACUUCUGGGGACUAGCUGAACCCAAACACACUGGCAGAACAAAAUGCCGCUAGAAAAGAAUCUCAUUGAAGAAGGCAGUGUGGUGAUGGUGCAGAAAGGGGCGUACCUCAAAACCUGCCGAGUGUUUUCUGGACGGUCAUACACAUUUGGGAAGCGCGGAGAUGGCCAGUUCACUCUGAACCUCGAUGGUGCCCUCGGCUGUCCCUUCGGCUCCACCUUCCGUAUGGACAGAGUGUCCAACAAGAUGUUCAGCGUCAUCAAGAUUGAAAACCCAGUCAUUUCUCUUGAUAUUGUAACAGAGGGUGGCGUGGACAACAGGGACCUGCAGGAUGACGGCCGCUCACAGAAACUGACGCCUGAUGAGAUAAUAAAGUUGAAGAAUAAAGGUCUGACUGGCAAGGAGGUUAUUCAAGUGAUAACUGAAAACAGUUCAACUUUCAAAGACAAAACUAUAUACUCACAAGAGAAAUAUGUGAAUAAAAAGCAAAAGAAGUAUGGUGAAACAAUCACUAUUCACAGACCCACCAUACGUCUCUUGAAUGACAUGUACUACACACAAGAUCCCCUCAAAAUUGCAAAUCUUCGUAUUGACACACUGUCUCAGCUCCUGUGUCACUGCAAUGUUCAAGGUGGUGGUAACUUUGCUGUGUUUGAGUCAGGGUCUCAGGGGCUGGUGACAGCCGCCAUGCUGCAGCGGAUGGGCACCACGGGCCACCUAGUGCAGGUGUAUCAUGGUGCUCACCCUCAGAGAGAAGCUGUGGAUUUCAUGAACUUCAGUGAAGAAGAGCUCCUGGUGUUGUCUUUCAUUAACGUCACCAAGUUACCUGAGGCCGCACAAAGGGACAGCCUCACCACCACCACCACCACAACCACCACAACUGCCACCACCACCCACCACCACCACUGCAGAGCCAAUGGACACAAAUGCAAAAAACAAAUGUUCAUAAAUGAAGAAAAGACAAGAAAAGAAGAAAUCCCUCUCAAUUCAAAAGGUGAUGAACAGGAACACAUAAAAGGAGACAGUGAAGAGAACCUAACCCAAAAAGAUCAUGAAAAUUCUGACAGUGAAAGCCAAGAGAACAAAGACCAGCAUGUGAACAGCAAAAAGAAUGAAGAACAAGAUCAAGACACACAAAAAAGUGGGGAACAGACUAAGAAACCACCAAGGCCACGAAAAUUUGUUCGGACUCAAGUGGAGGAUGUCAGCAUGUCAUCGUCAGUGCUGGCACAAGGCAUCAUGGGGCUGGUGGUGGCCUGCCGGCAGUACCCAAAUGAUGUCGUCAAAGAACUGAUGCCAUUCCUCCAUCCUGGUCACUCCUUUGUUGUGUUUUCUCCUUAUAAAGAGCCUCUAAUGGAACUGUAUUCUGAGGUGAGGGCACUGGGAGGCACCAACAUGAGGCUGAGUGAAACAUGGCUGCGCCACUACCAGGUGCUGCCGCAGCGCACACACCCUGCCAUCAACAUGUCAGGUGGGGGAGGCUACCUUCUCUAUGGUACUAAGGUCAUCAAAUAAACUUUGAUGGUGUUUGAUCAUGUUUGCUCUAGGAGGUAAGGUCAUGUUGAAAAGUUUUGAUGCGAUACGAGAUAAGAAAAGCUCAUGGGCGUCGAUUCCUUCAGAGUAGUUGGGGGGACAUGAGGGAGGAGGCAGCCAAAUAGUAACAAACAACACAUUUUAAAAAUUUGCUAAUUUCUGAGACAUUCUGAUGCCACAUGCAGUGUAUGUUAAGGCGUAUUAUAGUCCACAUAUGCUACUUGAAAUUUAACAAUGUCUUUUUUUUUUAUUAAAUAUUGACUUCAUUAUAAAACCUUUUUAUUUAAUUAAUGUACUGGUGAAACAUAAAACAUUAGUGGACAAUUUACCACCAAAAGUUUGGGGUACAAAUGAUACUGUGUCCCCCUCAGUCUGAAAAGUGACACGGACAUACUCCCCGUGUGACCCCAGCAAUCAACGCCCAUGGAAAAGCUCAUAGUAUUUUAAAUAAUUUUAUUUUGUUUUAUUUUUAUUAAUUGACUUAUUUUUUACACAUAUUUGUUUUGUUUUCUUUUUUCCCAAAGCUUGGAAAAUUGUUUUAUAUAAGAUGUUGAUAUUCCUUAUUUAGCUGCAAAAGACAUAUUUUUGUUUAGAUGGUGUGUUACUGUUAGUUGUGCAAUUGAUUGUUUUGGUAAUUGUUGUGUUGUAGAAAUGUGAAUAUAUUUGUCUUCCACUGACCUAGAAAAAAAAUUCCAGCAAAAUUUUAAGGUAAGAAAUUCCAGGUAAAGUUAUCUUGGCUAGCUUGGGUUGUUGGCUCAGAGGGGAGGUGUUUGUACUGAGGAUGUCUUCAGUCGUGUUUUUUUUUUCUUUUCUUUUUGUAUUUAAUGCAUUAGUUAGAGAUGAGAUCCACCAGUCAGGUUACAGAAGGGUAGAGGUGUUAUUGCCUUCCAGUGCCUGAGAGAUGUAAUUGGUUUAUACCACUUUGUUUUCAAUUCAUAAUGACCGAGAAUAUUUUUAUAUCAUAUUUGUAUAUAAUAGAAAUAGAUUCUGUCAAUAAAAUAUUAUUAACAUA